AUGUUUAAAUCUUCCAACUGUUCAACUUUUCUCGCCCUCAAUUAUUUAUUCUUCUUUGUCUAUACUUUAUCCUUUCCCAACCAUGCGGCCACCAUCGCUCACAUUCAAUGUCCAGGCAAUUUCACACUUAGAAAUGCCGGUACAAAAGGCUCUCAGAAAUUGAAUCCAUCUGAAGUUGAUUACCUCCAGCGCCGUCGUCAACAAGUAGCGGGUCCAGCUUACAGGACUUAUCUGCGCAAUGUAAAACAAUCUUUGAAAGCUGCACCGGCAGUUGAUGCGAAUACCCGCCGAAAACUAGGUGAUUGGAACCAUACUGUAUCCAGUAAUAAUGUAAUACCUGCCUAUCUCGAUACUAUACUCACAUCAAAGAAUCUCAACAUCCUACCUCGUACUGCAUUGGCAGCUUCUGGUGGAGGAUUCCGCGCGGCAUUGUAUUCGAGCGGUGUUUUGAAUGCAUUCGACGCAAGAAACAAAACUUCAUCUGAUGUUGGUACGGGUGGACUUUUACAAGCCAGCGAUUAUAUAGUCGGUCUCAGUGGUGGUGCUUGGGUGGUCACUGCUCUCUCUCAGGCUAAUUAUCCAUCAUUAUAUGAUACAGCCCUUUCAAAGAAUCCAAAACAGAAUCUAAACAAAGAAAACCACUUUGGAAGUUUUUUGGUUCAAUAUGAUUUGUUCAGUCCUGCCGAUAAUCAAACAGUUGAUGAUGGAAAAGGAAUUGCAGAGAAGAAUGCAAAUUAUUUGGCCGAUAUCAUGGCAAAAAUGGCCCAAAAGUCCAAGGCUGGAUUUCAUGUCACCAUGGUAGACUUUUGGUCAUUACUGCUUCGUUAUCGUAUCAUCAAUGGAACCACGGAACAUAACUUCUUUGAUCAAUCUCUACCACACGGUGUAGAUGUCACUUUCUCGAGUAUCAGAAAAGUCUCCAGCUUUCAACGUUUUGAACAACCUUUCCCUAUCAUCACGGCUCUCCCGAUCUCACCUGGCCAAGACAAAAAACUGCAACCUGGGGCUUUCGUCCCAUUGACGAACACCGCAUACGAAUUCACACCAAUAGAGUCAGGAAGUUGGGAUGCAAACUUGGCUAGCUUUAUACCAACAGAAUAUCUAGGUACUCGCUUAAAAAGUGGAAAUUUAACAUCUCAGAAGUGCGCUCAAGGUUUUGAUCAAGCUAGUUAUCUUGCUGCUAUCUCCAGUAAUAUAUUUCCAAAACUCAACAUCAGUACAGCUUACUUCUUUAACCAGAGUUCAGUACACAAUAUCAUCACCUCCAUUAACAACACUUUUGCAAGCUCUCAACCUGGUAUAUCUCUCGACACAGCCUCAGUCCCCAAUCCUUUCUAUCAGGUUGGGACCAAUACUUAUCUGGACAGAGAAUCCACCGAUCUUCGGCUCCUUGACGGAGGUUACGAUGGUGCUGUGACACCCUAUCUCCCACUGCUGAUCCCAGCCCGAAAAGUAGACAUUAUCAUUGGUAUCGACUCAAUCAGCUUAACUAAGGAUGCAGCAGCAGGAUCAAAUUAUGCCACCGGGAAUUCGCUACAAGCCACAUUCGCCAGAGCUCAGCUUAUGUCAGGUGCCUACAAUUUUCCUCGCGUACCAAGUUCGGAAGUGGAGUACGAGAAGAUAAGAUCGCAUCCGAUUUUUUUCGGUUGUGACGAGACGGCCGCCCCGUUGAUCGUAUGGCUACCUAAUUCAGCCCCUCUAGAUGGAUCAGCUGGUAUCACAAACACAUCAGUAGAUCAAAUCCAGUAUCCACGUAGACAAGUCGAAGCUUUUGUUGGUGCAGCUUCAGAAGUCGCUUAUCGAGGAUUCCCUAGCGCCGACAAUAUCAAAAACCGAGUAUUUCGUGAUCCACUUUGGUCCGCAUGUCUCGCCUGCGCUGUGGUUGAUAGGUCUCGAGAACGACAGAAAAUUCCAAGGGAAGGUCUUUGCAGUCAAUGCUUUCAAAGAUACUGUUGGAACUCAUCAAGAUGA